UCUGCCGACGACGUUAUAUGCGGACAGAUCGCGCUGCUUUGAUUCGAGUGCGAGUAGAAGUGCUGUUCAAAUCAAAAUAGUAAAUACAUACCUAAAAUAUAUGUGUAUCGAAAGGUGAUCACAGAACAGCAGAAGAUUGGAAACUGAAUUCAGAAAUGAUGUCUAAGCGAUUAUUGGGUCAUACCAGUCGGGUCCUUCCCCGCACCUUGGUCCGCAGGAGCUCCAGCUCAACCCUGCGCUCAAAGGCAGCACCCGCCGCGGUGAACCAGGUGCAGAGUGAGAUGCCCGAGUGCGGUCAUAGUCCUGUGGCCUACGAAGGAUCCAGCUAUGAACAGAUCCUCAAGACGCGGCGCAACCACCUGACACCCAACCUGCUAGCCCACUUCAAAAAACCGCUGGUGAUCCAUACGGGCCACAUGCAGUGGCUGUACGAUCACGAGGGACGGCGCUACCUGGAUAUGUUUGGCGGAAUUGUCACUGUGUCUGUGGGACAUUGUCACCCGAAAGUGAACCAGGCGCUGAACGAGCAGACCGCCAAGCUGUGGCACACAACCAACAUCUACAUGCACCCGAAGAUUCACGAGUACGCCGAGCGACUGGUGGCCAAGUUCCCAGGGAACCUGAAGAGCGUUUGCUUCGUGAACUCCGGCUCGGAGGCCAACGACCUGGCCAUGCUGAUGGCGCGCCUGCAUACGGGCAACCAGGAUAUCCUCUCCUUCCGCAACGCCUACCACGGCAUGUCGCCGUACACCAUGGGACUGACGGCGCACUCCACCUGGCGCUUCCCGUUGCCGGGGGUCAACAACGGGUUGGUGCACGUAAUGAAUCCCGACCCCUACCAGGGCAUUUGGGGCGGUUCCUCCUGCCGGGACUCGCCCGUGCAGACGACGCGCGACUGCCAGUGCCGGGACGGCUGCCAGGCGGGCGACGCCUACUACAACGAGCUGGAGGAAACCUUCAAGUACUCGUUGCCGCGCGGCAAGGUGGCGGCGAUGUUCGCCGAGUCCAUCCAGGGGGUCGGCGGCACGGUGCAGUUCCCCAAGGGCUACCUAAAGCGGGCAGCCGCACUGGUCAGGGCGAACGGAGGACUUUUCGUGGCCGACGAAGUGCAGACGGGCUUCGGACGCACCGGCGAGCACUUCUGGGGUUUCGAGGGCCACGACUACGUGCCCGACAUAGUCACCAUGGCCAAGGGCAUUGGCAACGGCUUUCCACUGGCCGCCGUGGUCACCACGCCGGAGAUCGCCGCCUCGCUGGGCCAGGCUCUGCACUUCAACACCUACGGCGGCAACCCCAUGGCCAGUGCCGUGGGAAUCGCCGUGCUGGACGUGAUUGAGGAGGAGCAGCUGCAGCGCAACUCGCUGGAGGUGGGCACCUUCUUCCUGAAGGCUCUGGCCGAGCUGCAGGAGCGCUUCGAGAUCGUCGGAGAUGUGCGGGGCAAGGGCCUGAUGAUCGGCGUGGAGCUGGUGGGCAAUCGCGAGAAACGUACCCCGCUGGCCACGCCACACGUAUUGGAGAUCUGGGAGAAGUGCAAGGAUCUGGGCGUGCUUUUCGGACGCGGAGGCCUCCAUGGAAACGUGCUGAGCUUGAGGCCUCCUCUGUGCCUAUGCAUCGGAGAUGUGGAAUUCGCCCUCGAGACAUUGGAGGCAGCCUUUAAAUUUCACAUGAGCAAAAGCCCUCGCAGCUGGAGAAUCAGCCAAAGGACGAGUUAGGAUAACAAUUGUACUUCAGAGCUCAUUUAUUCACUUUGCUUACAAGCUAGUAAUUAAACAACGAUAUAGAGCAGCAUUAUGACCGAAAAUCGAUUCCAAAAGUGAGCGAUUUUUGAGCGAGGCUUUGACUUAGUUGUAUUUAUCCUUAGUUGUAAAAAUUAAAUUGUGAUGUGGAUCAUG